UGCAGUCUUGCUGCUACUGAACUUACAGUCGCGGGCCGAUUUAGACGGAUUGAACACAUGCGACCACUUGCUGUUUUUCCACUGUUUUAGUCCUCCUCUUGGGGUCCAGAGGGUCCUCUCGCUGACUCCCUGUAUCCUCACAGGGGUGAUGAUAGACGGAUCCCACCAGCCAGAGAUGCCUGGAGUCCUAUCUCCCCAGACUCACGGUGCCCAGAUGCAGGGAAGCUGUUACUCGGCCACCAUCUUGCUCCGCCUUCCAAUAGUAACUUUUUUGUCUUCAAAUUCCCCCAAAGUAGGAGAGUUCUUUGUGGUAUAUAAGCACAUAACAGGUCACUAAUGAUUUAUCACAGAGUUGGGGAAUAUCUGUUACAAUUUCUCCUGUUCCAGCCAAGAACUAUGCAAAAGUAGACAACCCAUAACACAUUUCCUGAUUAACUCUGAAUUUUGAACUUUGUAAUGAUUCUUAUACACCCUUGCCAUUCUUAUGCACCUUCUAAUUUUGAUAACUCAAAAUUUCAAUGCAAAUGUGCUGUUUCAGGGACCCUUAUCAUUUGAAGAUGUGAUUGUGGGCUUCACUCAAGCGGAGUGGCAGCACCUAGACCCUGCUCAGAGGACCCUGUACAAGGAUGUGAUGCUGGAGAACUACAGCCACCUUGUCUCAGUGGGGUGUUGUAUCCCUAAACCAGAAGUGAUAUUCAAGUUAGAACAAGGAGAACAGCCAUGGAUAUUACAGGAAGAGCCCCCAAACCAGAGCUACCCAGGAGAUUGCAAUGUUGAUGAUCAACUAGAACAGAGUCAAGAAAUUCAGGAAAGACAUUUCUGGCAAACUCCAUUUAUCAAGAACAAAAUACUGACUGUAGAGAGAGGUAAUGUAUUAGGAAAAGUGUUCAAAUUGGAUAUAGACCCAGUUUCUUCCUUAAAAAUACCUUGUAAAUGUGACCUAUAUGGCAUAAAUUUGCAGUACAUUUCAGAAUUAAUUAUCAGUAAGAAAAACUAUUUAAGGCGUGAUGACCUUAAUGUGUACAGAGAAUUGUUCCUCGAUAUUAACCAUGAAAAAACUCAUAUGGGAGAGAAACCUUAUGAAUUAAUUCAAAAUAGAAAAUACCUCAGUCAUAAUGAGGACUUCAUUUCAUAUAUGAAAAUUCAAAAUUUAAAGCAGUCCUUUGAAUUUGAGAAAUGUGAGAAAGAUUUCCAUGAGAAGGCAGUUUUUGUUACUCACAACCAAGCUUACACAGAAGAGAGUCCUUAUGAACAUAAUAAAUGUAAUAAACUACUCUGUAGUCAUUCAGCUCUCACUGUCCAUAAAAUGGCACAAAAAAGAGGAAACUUUCAUGAAUUUAAUGAACAUGGGAAAAUUUUUGAAAAGUCAGUUCUUUUGAAACAUAGAGUUCAUUUGGAGGUGAAACACUAUGCAUGUAUUGAAAAUGCAGAUAAUUUUAGUAGAUCAAGCUUUGCUAACACAGGAGAGAAAACAUUUGAAUGUAACAGAUCAGGGGAGCCUUUGUACAAGAAGUUAGUACUUAACGCAACUCAGAGAACAUAUAGAGAAGAGAAAGUCUAUGAAUGUAAUGAAUGUGGAAAAGUGUUCCAUGAAAAGUCAAAACUUACCACCCAUCAAAAAAUCCAUACAGGGGAGAAACCCUUUGAAUGUAAUCAAUGUAGGAAAUGCUUCUCUAGGAAAUCUCUUCUCACUUUACAUCAGAGAAUCCACACAGGAGAGAAACCCUAUAAAUGUAAUGAAUGUGGGAAAUGCUUUUCUAGAAAUUCACACCUUAUAAUACAUCAGAGAACUCACACAGGAGAAAAACCCUAUGAAUGUAAGGAAUGUAGAAAAAGUUUCUACCAUAAGUCAUAUCUCAUAGUACAUCAGAGAAUUCACACAGGGGAGAAACCCUAUGAAUGUAAUCAAUGUGGGAAAACCUUCAUAAGUAACUCAGUCCUCACAAUACAUCAUAAAACACACACAGGCGAGAAACCCUAUGAAUGUAAUGAGUGUGGGAAAUCUUUCUCUAGGAAUUCAUAUCUUACAAUACAUCAGAGAACUCACACAGGUGAGAAACCCUAUGAAUGUAAGAUGUGUGGCAGAACCUUUUGUCAUAAGUCAGAUGUCAUUAAACAUCAGAAGAUUCACAUAGGGGGAAAACCUUAUGAAUGCAUUCAGUGUGGGAAAACCUUUAGUCGCAACUCAGGUCUAAAAGUACAUCAGAGAACACACACAAAGGAAAAACCUUAUGAAUGUAGUGAAUGUGGAAAAUAUUUUUCUGAGAAAUCGGUCCUCACAGUACAUCAGAGAAUCCACACAGGGGAAAAACCAUAUAAAUGUAAUGAAUGUGGUAAAACUUUCUAUAAUAAAUCAGACCUCACUAAGCACCAGAGAACACACACAGGUGAGAAACCCUAUGAAUGUAAGGAAUGUGGUAAAUUCUUCUCUAGGAAUUCAUACCUUAUGAUACACCAGAGAACUCAUACAGAAGAGAAACCUUAUGUAUGUAAAAAAUGUGGGAAAACGUUCUGCUUUAAGUCAGACUAUACAGUACAUAAGAGAACACACAGAGGGGAGAAAUCUUACCAUUGUAAUGAAUGUGGAAAAACCUUCACUUGCAACUCAGUCCUCAAAUCACAUCAGAGAACACACACAGGGGAGAAGCCCUAUAAAUGUAUUGAGUGUGGUAAAUCCUUCUCUGAGAAGUCAGUCCUUACUGUACAUCUGAGAAUACACACAGGGGAGAAACCUUAUAAAUGUAAUGAAUGUGGGAAGUCCUUUUGUCAUAAGUCAGAUCUCACUAAACAUCAGAGAACACACACAGGGGAGAAACCUUAUGAAUGUGAUCAGUGUGGAAAAAGCUUCAGUUGCAACUCAGGCCUCAAAGUACAUCAGAGAAGACACAUGGAGAAAACCCAUGAAUGUAACAAGUAUAGGAUCAUCUCUGAGAAAUCAGUUCUCACAGUGUGUCCAAGGAUACACAGAGGGGUAAAAAUCUUAUAAGUGUAGCAAUGAGAGAUAUCUUUCUCUAUGAAUUUAUACCUCAAAAUAUGUAGUAGAAUUCACACAGCACAUGACCCCUAUAAUGGUAAGGAACAUGACGAAUCUUUUACCAAAAGUCAUCUUUCAAAGUAAAUAAGAAAAUACAAAUAGGGAAAAUAGUAUAUUACUGUAAUGAAUAUUUGAAAAUUUUUUGUAAGACAACUAAAAAUAUAGGUAGAAGGAACUCUACUAAUGCAUAUAGGAAAUGUGAGAAAAUAUUUUACUGUAAGUUAGAACUUAUUAAUAAACAACUUAUAUAGGAGAUAAUCCUCUGAUGCAGCAGAUAUAGGUAAAUAAUAUUCCAGAAAAUGGCCAUUAAUAAAAAUCAGUGAAACGAGAACUUAGGAAAAAUCGUCAACAUCUUGGUGUGGUUUUUGAGAUAUUUACUAAUUUUAUAUUUGAGAAAUAAUAGAGGUAGUAAAGAAUGCAGCAAAUAUAGUUGACCCUGUGUCAAGAAAUGCCAUUUUACUGAGCAAGGUAAUUCAUAAUUGAGAUGAAGUGAAGGCAUUCACUUUGAAGGCAUUAAUAAAAGUUCAGAUUUUAUUGUAUCUCAAGAUUGUAUUAAAGAAAGCCUGUUAACUUAGGAAAUAUGGAUAGAAAUUUUCUUCUAGAUACAAUGUUAUAGUGACAGUCAUGUUGUAUUCUGCCCGAUUUUUUUGUGAAAAUCUAACUGGAAAUAGACUUUUAUAAAAAUAUAAAUUGUAACAUGAACAUUUUAUAAA